AAGGAAACAAACAGCGUGAAAAGAAAAGAAGGGAAGAUCGAAGAAAGGAUAAGAGAGCGGAGUUCAUUUAUUGCUGUCCUCGACACAAAGCGCUCGGACUGAGAACAAGGAGCAGUUCAUUUUCAUUUCGGAAAAUAUCCGAGUUGAUUAUUUGAUCGAAAUCGGUUAUAGAGCAGCUGAAAAUCGACCGAGCAAUGGCCCAGGAGACCAAUCAGAGCCCGGUUCCCAUUCUGUGCACCACAGGGUGUGGUUUUUACGGCAACCCCAGGACUAACGGAAUGUGCUCUGUGUGCUACAAGGAACACCUGAGUCGACAGCAGAGCAGCGAUCGCAGUCCGGUCAGCCCCCUGGCAGGCAGUCCUUCGUCGGAGGCGUCGGCCAUGCAGAGGUUAGAAGGCAGCGUAAGCAAAGCGGAGGCGACCUGCGCAGAAUCGACGUCAGAAGGCACGUCCGCCACAGCGUCCCUGCCUGUCACACAACAGAUGACGGAGAUGAGCAUUUCCAGAGAGGAGUCGAGCCCGUCUCCUGCAUCGAACAUCGCAGAAGCAGUUGUUAGCCAGCCCACUUCCUCCUGCUCGCCUCUCAGCGAUGUGGCAAAGAGUCCAGACUCAGGCAAACCGAAAAAGAACCGCUGCUUCACCUGCCGCAAGAGGGUCGGCCUCACAGGUUUCGACUGUAGGUGCGGCCAGCUCUUCUGCGGCAUCCAUCGCUACUCGGACAAGCACAACUGCACAUACGACUACAAAGCCGAAGCGGCCGCCAAAAUCCGCAAAGAAAACCCAGUGGUGGUCGCCGACAAGAUCCAGAGAAUAUAAAUCCAAGGGGAAAGUACGCAAGAGAAGAAGUAUUGAGCUAAAACAGAUAAAAUGGACUUGUGUUUUAUCUAUUAUGAGAGGAAAAAAAAGGCGCCGGGAAAACCAACCUUGCUGUGUUUCGCCCAUGCAUUAACUACCGUUUGUUUUUAGGUAUUAACUUUUGUCUUUAUUUUAUUUUCCCUCUUUGCCAUAGCUUGGAUUUCUAGAUCAAGGUGCCGUUUCAGAGGAAACCUAGUUUUCUAUAUAUAUUUGUGUUCCUAUUCACGAGCUGAAUAACUUCUACGUUCUAACUUUUUAGCUCCUGGUUAGAUUUAGGAUAUUAUUACUCGUAAAAACAGCUUGACAGCAUCGAAAAGAGAAAAUCGAGUAAACGUUACCAAGUAUUGGAUUUUUAUGUGUCUAGAAAUCUAAUGGUUUGCCAAAACGAGGUUGUGCAAUUUAGGGUUAUGAGCAGGACGUUCUCGGGAGUUGUAGGGAUAAUGAUUAUUAUUAUUUUUUUUAUUAUUAUUUAGUUUUUCAUUUUUGGACAUGCUGUUAUUCACCCGUUUUCUUCCAGUCAGGAUAUUACUAAACAAUUAUCUACCUUAUUUUCUUCCAAGAUGUUCCAUCUAAGUCUCUUCUUCGUUAAAGGUCAACCAGAUCAACUUUCCGCCCAGGCUGCCUGUCAGUCAUCAAUCAUUCAUCUGUUUUUCCCCCAUAACAAUUUCAUAAUGUGAACAUGCUACUGUGACACGCAGGUGGACGUGGAUCCGAAAAGGCAUUAGUGUUCUAGUCGUACUAGCUAUUUUCGCAGCACACAAGCUCAGAUACUAUGACGCUACGAUACCAUGGAGUUGUGUUUUUGUUCUUUUAUCAUUCGAGUGCAGUUAGUUAGACAUUUAUUUAGUGUUUGUGAAUGUAUGUGUGUGUGAGAUCGUGUGAGUGAAAGAGAGAAAGAGAGAGAGGCAAUCCUUCGAGAGUCAGUUACGUUGGGACAUUUGAAGCUCGACAAAAGGGAUCAGUGUUUUGUGAAAUGUGUGAAGUGGUGUGAGAACUGGCACCUGCAACUGAGCUCCUUUUCCGCACACAUUUUCCGUAGUGGCUCCGAGAGUGACGAGACCCUAUGUUAUUUGUUUUUGAGUUUGAAUUUCAGCUAUUAGUUAUAUGCAAAUUUGUACAAAAGAAAACCUGUUCCUAUUUAUGUAUUGCAUUUAAUCCUUUUACUCGCCAUUAAUGCAAAAAAUAGUAUUGUAAAUAAAAAUGUACAGAAUAAAAGAACCCACCUCACUGUG